AUGGUCCGCCUCUCCGCCAUCUACUUUAUCGCUGCCUUCAUCACAGCGUUCGCUACGGAACUCGUGGCAGACACGACCCCCGCUCCAUCAUCGCCCCUGCUCGAGACUCGCACCCGCGGGGACCUCGUCAGCGGCUGCACAUGUUGCGGGUACGAUGUGUCCUUUGGUUCCGACAUUAAGAAGAUGAAGACAUACUACAUUCUCAACUGGGCCCUCGGGAAGAACACCAAGAACCAGGGCUUCUGCUUCACGAAGGGCAAGCUCCAGGCGCCAUACGUGCAGGCGAUCCGCAACGCCGUCGAGAGCGGCCGCGACACUCCGUCCGUCAGCGCCAAGGGUGCGCGCACGCUAUGCUGGCUCAUGGGGUGGAACACCAACGCCAAGUGUGUCGAUGGCAUCGUCAGGGGCUUCGAGCACUUCAUCGUCGGCAAGGACGGCCGCACCCCCUCUAUGUGGCUCCGUAAGGGCUGCAACUACCCCCGCGACAACUUCGUGCCCACCGACUGCUACUGCGGCUGGGAGUGUCUCCCCGGCUUCUCCCGUUCCGGCAACCAGUGCAUCCCCACCUCCCAGAAGGCACCGUCGAGCGUCCCUGCCCCGCCAAAGCGCAAGCGUUCGCCAUGCACUGGCGGCGCUGAGCUGUGCCCCGUCCCCGCCGCCAAGGGAUUCGAGUGCAUCGACACCGAGUCAAGUCUCGAGGCUUGUGGUGCGUGCCCGUUCCAGCCAGGGAGCGUCGACUGCACAACGCUGCCUGGCGUCGACAGCGUUGAGUGUGUACAGGGAGCAUGCCGCGUCAAGUCGUGCAUGAGGGGGCACAUGCUCGUCGACAACGAGUGCCGGCCACAGUAGAGAGUACACCAGUAGACAUAGAUAUAAUAGAUCACCAUAGAGACCCUUGGACAUUGGGCAUGCCACGACCUUCAUGACAGUACCCAACGAGGAGUUGUUGUGAGACUCCGUUUACGCUUGCUUAACUGUUGGUCUUCGGAGCGGUGACAGUGACAGCCCGGGAGACACCGGCGCAUGGUCAUAUCGACCGGAUUUCUAAGGGCU